UGUAAAGUUUAUUAAUGUUUUCAUUUUCAAGAGUGGGUUGUUUUCAUCGUAUGAGUGGAAAUGUAGGCUACAUGAAUUUUGUGAUAUUGAAUAGAUUCGAAACUAUCUCUCUUGAUGUGCAAAGAUGUUUCUAAAACAUUUUCAUCUGCAAUUUUGAAACUCAGCCAUGAAUGAUCGUAGCAAAGGUAAAACCCUUGGACCCCCUCCUCGGUGGCUGCAUUGUCCAAGGAAAAGCUCUCCUAUUGCUGGCAAAUUCUUAGCUUUCAAGACUCCGCUCGAUGAGCGCUAUGACAGUCAAGUCCCCGAAGAGUGCACUUUCACUCCAUCGAUGUUAAUUGCCUCUGCCAGCUGCCAGAAGAUGAAAAUUGGGCUUUGGAUUGAUUUGACAAAUACGACACGCUUCUAUGACAAAAGAGAAGUGGAAGAGCACGGCAUCAAGUAUAUCAAGCUUCAAUGCAGGGGGCAUGGAGAAUGCCCAUCCAAAGAUCAAGUCAAUACAUUUAUCCAGCUGUGCAAUCGGUUCAUCGAUAAAAAUGAGAAUGAAUUCAUUGGUGUUCACUGUACACACGGUUUCAAUCGCACCGGUUUUCUCAUCAUUGCCUUUCUCAUCGAAAGUUUGUCGUGGAGUAUUGAGGCAGCUUUCCAUGCAUUUAAGGAGGCUAGACCUCCAGGUAUUUAUAAGCAAGACUAUAUAAAUGAAUUGUUCAAGAUAUACGACGAUGUUAGUGAUGCUAUUUCGGCUCCCGUUCUUCCAGAUUGGUGCAAUGAACCCGAUGAUGUAGAUGAUGAUGGGAUUCCUAUUAAAUCAUCUGAAACUGACAAAACAGACUAUAGGCCUCCUCUUAAGAAGAGGAAAGAAUUUCAUAAAAAAAACCCAGUUUUCAUGGAAGGUGUUCCCGGAGUGUCCCCCGUCUCGGAUCCCGUCCUCAUAUCCGCAAUCCAGCAGAGAUGCCAGAGCAUGUGCGGAUGGAAAGGAUCUGGUUUCCCAGGCUCUCAGCCGGUCUCUAUGGAUGUUAACAAUAUGAAAUUUCUAACUCUAAAGCCUUAUAAAGUCAGUUGGAAAGCAGAUGGAACUAGAACAACCAUCCUAAGUGUUUGUGAGGAAGAAGUGUCCGAGAUAUUAAUUUUAUUUAAUGAAAUUGCUUUGACUCAGUGCAUGCAGUGCUCAAGGAUUUUCUCAAAUAUUGGUGCAAUGUUGCUAAAUUAUCCUUAUCUUUGUGGUCGCUGUCCCGACACACUCAAAUGGAAGCCGGCCAAUUUGAAUUCGGUGGAUUUCAAGCUAGUCAUAACACAGCGGACGGGCAUCGGAAUAUUGCCUACAAAAGUUGGCCUAUUGUACGUCGGCGGCAUGAAUGAACCUUUCGCCGAGUUAAAGAUCAAUAAAGCCCUGCGAAGCAUGGACAAAAAGAUCAUCGAAUGUAAAUACGAAGAUGGACAAUGGGUGUUCAUGAGAGAGAGGACGGAUAAAUCCUUCCCGAACGCAUACACCACUGCUAUGGGUGUCUGUGAAAGUAUCCGUAAUCCCGUCACGACGGAACUCCUCUUUCAUACCAUAGACCGUUAUCGUUGGAGGCCUCCACAAAAGCCCACCAGUCAUUGAGAAAUCUAAGAAGAGUCCCAAGAUCUGCAACAUUUUAAUUUGUUUUUAUUUAGGAUUCAUCAGAGAGGACUUAACCGUUAUACUACAUUGUUGCUUCAAAAGGUAUCGAAAAGAAAAGUAUUGUUGAUCAAAAGGGUUUUCAGUCUGUUUUUAAUCCAUGUAAAAAUGUUUGAAAACAAUUAUUCUUUCUGCUUGAAACCUUAAAAUAGAGUUUUUGUUAGAUGUGUAUAUUUUGUUUGCCUUCAAGUAAUGUAUCCUUGAAAUAAAUCUUUGAUCUUAAA